GUCGACAACAACGACAAGGAUGAGUGAGCGGCAAGCACAGGCCGGGCCCAGCCGCAAGCGAGGCGAGAGAGGGGGUAGGCACAGUGAAGAGGUGCUCUCCAAGCAGAAAGAUUCGAUUGCUCGCUCUACGCGGAUUCCUGUCUCCUUGCAGCAGGCGACUCCCUCCAGCACCCUCGGUCUGCGCCCGCCAAAGUCGCUUGGCAAGAUCAAGGACAAGAAGCUCCGCGCUCACCUCGCCGAAGCACACAUCUCCCAGGUCAGGGCGGCCGAACAUGCAAAGACGGUCAACGAGUACCUCUAUGCGCCUGCGCCGGGCGAGGACGCCGGCCUACUCGAGGCGGAGGGCGACCUCGAGCGGACGUACAAGGUGACACAGUCGCAGAUCCGCGAAGCUGUCUCGGUUGACGCAGCCCGCAAGUCCUUUUCGCUGGACCUUUCUGGUGGGAAGAGAGCGGCAGGCAUGGGCCCCUAUCGAAGUGCAUACACCCGAAAUGGCCGCCAUCUGGUCCUCGGCGGACGAAAGGGCCACCUGGCUGCCUUUGACUGGCAGACGGGCAAGCUCAUGUGCGAAGUCAACGUGAACGAGACCGUUCGCGACGUUACCUGGCUUCACAAUCACUCCUUCUUUGCUGCCGCUCAGAAAAAGUACACGUACAUCUACGAUCGGCAAGGCGCGGAGGUGCAUCGGCUCAAGGAUCACAUCGACGUCAACCGCCUCGAGUUUCUGCCCUACCAUUUCCUCCUGGCCAGCGUGGGACAAGCGGGCUACCUGAAGUACCAAGACACUUCGACGGGAACCUUGAUCGCGGAGCACCGCACAGGCUUGGGCUCCUGCUCGACGAUGGCGCAGAAUCCUCUGACUGCAGUGAUUCACCUCGGCCAUGCAAACGGGACCGUGACGCUAUGGACGCCAAACCUGUCCACACCUGCACUGAAGAUGCUUGCGCAUCGCGGGCCCGUCUCUGGCAUCAGCGUCUCGGCGCACAGUGGGGGUCGAGAGAUGGCGACCAGCGGUCUCGAUGGCAGUGUCAAGGUCUGGGACAGUCGCAUGCUCGGGCGCGGAGCUGUGCGUGAGUGGCAGUCUCCCCGGCCGGCCUCGGACCUCCGCUACAGCCAACGAGGCCUGCUCGCCAUGGCGUGGGGAACGCACGUGAGCGUCUACGACACCAAACGGCCCAUAGUGUCUGGCAGCGCGCCGGGCCCGUACCUGAACAAUGGCUUUCCUCAGGGCGCGCCCAUCCAGAUUGGCUUCUGCCCCUUUGAAGAUGUCCUCGGGGUGGCGCAUGCCCGUGGAUUCGACUCUCUCGUCGUGCCCGGGUCAGGCGAGGCACGGUUCGACUCGAGCGAGGCGGAUCCAUACGAGAGCCGGAAGUCGCAGAGAGAGAGAGAGGUCAGGUCGCUCCUGGACAAGGUCCAGCCCGACACGAUCAGCCUGGACCCAGAGAUGCUGGGCCAGCUCGACGUCCCCCAGGCCGAUGCGCCGCGGGAGGAGAGUGACGACGAGGAAGAGCGGCUGAGGAUCAAGCGGCGCGGAGGAAAGGACCAGACACCGUUUGCGAGAAUGAAGCGGAUCGAGCGGCUGCGCCUGCAGGGCAAAGCGGACGAGGGUGGCGAGCCGGACCAGGACCUGGGCCAGUCUUCGGGUGAGGACGAGGAUGACGCACAGGGCGACAAGGUCAAGAGCAAGUCGGGCUGGAAUCAGGCCACGGGGCCAUCGAUUGAGGCUGGCAGGAUCAAGGAGAAGAAGAAAGCCAGAGGAAGGAAUACGACCAUGAAGCGAUUCUUGAAGAAGAAGCGCGAGAACGUCGUCGACCCCCAGACGGUGGCUGUGCGCGAGAAGCUCGAGCGGCUCAGGCAGGAGCAGCGCGAUGCACAGAGCAGCGAAGGGCUGCAGGCGAAAGAGCCCUCCGCUCUCGACGUCUUUACCAAUAAGCGAAAGCGAACCAGGUCUGCAAGAUAGAGUGUCGUGCGUGUUGCCUAGUUAUGAGAGCUGCAACAAACUACCAAUGUAUUCUUUACAAGCUAUAAUGGCUUCGCAAUGGACCGAUG